AUGAAUCUAUAUAACUUGUUAGAUACCUUAUUGGAUAACUUGUUAUAUAACUUGUUAAAUAACUUGUUAGAUAACUGGUUAGACAACUGGUUAGACAACUUGUUAGAUAACUUGUUAGAUAACUUGUUAGAUAACUUGUUAGAUAACUUGUUAGAUAACUUGUUAGAUAACUUGUUAGAUAACUUGUUAGAUAACUUGUUAGAUAACUUGUUAGAUAACUUGUUAGAUAACUUGUUAGAUAACUUGUUAGAUAACUUGUUAGAUAACUUGUUAGUUAACUUGUUAGAUAACUUGUUAGAUAACUUGUUAGAUAACUUGUUAGAUAACUUGUUAGAUAACUUGUUAGAUAACUUGUUAGAUAACUUGUUAGAUAACUUGUUAGAUAACUUGUUAGAUAACUUGUUAGAUAACUUGUUAGAUAACUUGUUAGAUAACUUGUUAGAUAACUUGUUAGAUAACUUGUUAGAUAACUUGUUAGAUAACUUGUUAGAUAACUUGUUAGAUAACUUGUUAGAUAACUUGUUAGAUAACUUGUUAGAUAACUUGUUAGAUAACUUGUUAGAUAACUUGUUAGAUAACUUGUUAGAUAACUUGUUAGAUAACUUGUUAGAUAACUUGUUAGAUAACUUGUUAGAUAACUUGUUAGAUAACUUGUUAGAUAACUUGUUAGAUAACUUGUUAGAUAACUUGUUAUAG